AUGCCCAAGCGCUUCCUGACCCCGGAUGGUGACAAGUUCUGGAGAAUGCCAGAGUGUUACAUUCGUGGCAGCACAAUUAAAUACCUGCGUAUCCCCGAUGAAAUAAUUGACAUGGUGAAGGAAGAGGUGGUGUCGAAGGGCAGAGGUCGCGGUGGGAUGCAGCAGCAGAAACAGCAGAAGGGCCGUGGAGUUGGAGGUGCUGGACGAGGUGUGUUUGGUGGCCGUGGCCGAGGAAUACCAGGCAGUGGAAGAGGCCAGCAGGAAAAAAAGCCGGGCAGACAAUCAGCAAAGCAAUGAGAAGCUGUGUUGCAGCCUGGCCAGAGACAGUGCUGGGAUGCUGCUUGGUUUUAUCACCUCAGGAUUACCAUGCGUUCAAAAGUGUUAAAAUUCUAGUCUUUAGUCAGCUAUUCAAUGCCAGAAUCAUGUUGCUUGGAAGCCCCUCACAGUCUAAUCUGGUAAAGUGAAGUUCACUUCUUUUACUCAGAAAAUUUGUAAUUGGAAAUACUUUAAAACAAAAAAAAAAAUCACUUACGGUAGAGGACCUAACUUCAGUCUUUUCCUGAGAGUGAAAAUGCUGUUUAGUUCUUCAGGGUCACCAGGUUUAAUUUAGUGUUAUCCUGUAUAGUGUUUUAAGAACUAAGGCAAACACUUUUUCAGGAUGGUUUGUUUUGUUUUUAUACUUGAAACUUGGGAAACUUGUUGCAUUUGUAACAGAUGCAAACACUUUGAUUUAACAACACUGAGCUUGAGAAUGUUGUAUCUUUA